AGGAAAUAGCUCCCUUAUUUACGCCGAUGCCACUCGGACCAGCCAGCUCAGCGCCGGUAAUCUAUCUGAGCAGCCCACCAGCCGAGGAGCCGCAAAUCACAAGGCCGAGCCUGGACCAUCAUGACCAUGUUACGGGCGGCGGCUCUGGGAGGCGGGAUUAUGACGUCGAUUCCUCCUUUUCUCAGAGCUUCUACAUGGGCCUUGAAUAUCGAACUUUGUAGUCACCAGCUGUUCAUGAAGCGGACCGGUCGACUUGUUCUUGGCUUUGCCUGUUUGGGAAGGUUAUCAAGGAAAGCAGUAUUGAGGUUGGGGGUCGUGGUUCUUCUCCUAGCA